AUGGCUUCUGUUCCACCGAAAUACCCAUGCUGUCAUCUUCAGCUGCAUAACCUCUAUUGCUCAGCAUGUCUCCAAGAAGGUAUCAAUUUGCACAAAGAAGCGCUCAAGAACAUUCAAGGACAGAUCGAUGCCAUCGUUUCGAAGUCAAAGGAUCUACUUGCAGGAGUUAAGCAACCGUCCAGUUCCAGAAACACUCCAACGAGGGGUAUAUACGCUUGGAAACAUCUGCGUUCAGAGGUAGCUGAAAGAGAGAAGCGAUGCGCCAAGCUGAAAGGCAAGAUCAUAAUCAAUGACCAGACCAUAUCAACAGUUUUGAUCAAGGAAGCUAUUAGCGUGUUUGGAAUCAGGAAGAACUCGGUAGGAGAAUGGACAAUAGCAGGUUUGAAUUUGCCUAGUCCUGACGCCUUCCGACUGUAUUCUUCGACACAUAUCAAUGCGGCUUUACUACAUUCCAUACAUCUGCUCGCUCUUAUCACUGCUUAUCUGUCCGUUACGCUGCCUUUUACACCAACGUCCCCACCACCAUACGAGUCUCGACAUAUUGGUCGACAGGUGAUGAAAGCCAACACUCCCUUUGUAAGUACUACGAAGUGGCGAGACAAGAAUGUGUUAUGGAUGUCUAGCACUGCUUCGAUAGCGAGCAAGAUCAAAUCUCGGAAAUCGUUAUCUGCCAGUAAAUUAUUUUCUCAACCUAAUAUCUCUGCAAUCAUCGCCAAAUCAAUGACCAAACAUCGGCAGUUUCUCACUUCCUUUGCUGUACUGUCGUUUUCCGUUGCGUAUCUCGCAUGGUCCCAAGGUGUCCCUGGAAUUGGAAUCAGAGAAGGAGAGGGAGAAGAAUAUCGCGAUGAAUCCGAUGACGACAAUCCACGACCUACAAGUCGAGCGGCUUCGGUGAACCCGGACUCGGUUCUGAUUUCAGCUACCUCAAUAUUGGAACUGAUUGCAGCAGUGGCUAUCUCGCCCGAACUUGGUCACAAAGCUCACGAACCAGGUACCAGCCGAUCUGUUCGACAUCUCGGUUUUGGUCUAGAUGUCGCCAAGGUGAUACAAAGCGUACUCAGCGCGGACGAGAACAGAUGUGGUAUUAAGCCCGCGGAAGGAUCAGGCGAAGAACUGAGUGAAGGCUGGGAUCUCUUAGAUGGCACUGGUAGUUGA